UGGGGCGCUCUGCUCAUAGGUCACUAACGUGGCAAACGCCAGUUCAUUCGUCGGGUAGCGGCGCAGGUGGAAGGUCGCUGUCAUUCUGCGGCAGGCCUUUGCGUUCAGUCGUUGCCUCAGGGUCUCUGCUUGCGCUCCCUCGACUGCGAAUGCUGACGCAGCGACGAAACGGAGUUCGAAAUUGGGUGGUCAGGAGAGACUCUGCCCUAACUCACACGUGCUCAUUGUUGAGCGGAAAAAAACAGCAAAGGAUACCCAUAUACAAUUUCGUCGAAUGUUUAAAACCCAAUGCGCUCUAAAAUGAGAUGAUAUAUUGCCGCGUUUACUGUAAAGAUACGAAAUUCGCUCUUGGUAAAGGAACGUUUAAAUUGCCCUGUAUGACAUGCAAAGCCCCCCUAAUUCGGGAACUUAAUUAACUGAAUACACGAUUCUGAAACAAGAAAUAAGAAAUUUAUUUAAGAAAAAAAAAUAAUCCAUUACAGAAAAUGCAAUGACAAUCCUGAACUGAGUGCUGGGAAUUAUACGUUCAAUUCGUUGAAAGAUGUCGUGCAAGGAAGCGUUCGCAAUGGAUGAUAAACUGCACUUACUGAAGCGGACGGCCUUCUUCCUGCUCAUUUUAUACUGGGCAUUAAUUCCAAACGCAACCUCACAAGAGAUUGCAGAGAACCCGCAGUCGUCAUCGGUCUCUUUAGACAUUCCAAACGAGGAGAGUGGAGUUCAUAUUCAGACUGUGAAGUCGAAUAGAAGAAUCGAAGGAUCGAGGUUACUGGAAUCCGAUGUCCUCGAAGGCUUGGAGAGUGAUGAGGAAGAAUUACUGACCCUUGAUGAAAGCCGUGGCAGAAGCAUAGACACGAAUUCUGACAUCGAAAUGACACUGUCUGAUAGAAACCAGAAACGCAUUUCUACCAGAAUUAAUGUUGACAGUGCUGAUAACUUACAAGGAGCGUCAACUAACGCUGGUAAAACUUCCAUGAACCAUGAGGAGCGAUCUUCGUUAUUAGAGAGAUUCAUUGAUGAAUUUAUAACCAAUUAUGGCGACCAUUCUUUGCAAGCGAUUAAUCCUGCAGACUACAAAAAUGACUCUAAUUGGUCACCAAACAACAGGGUAGUGUCUAAAACUCAGUGUGGGGGAGUCAUUACUCUUAAUGAAAGUCAGAUUAUAACCUCUCCAAACUAUCCAAAUAAUUAUCCAAACGAUGCCAGAUGCACGUGGACAAUCAGUGCACAAUUGGGGACAAACUUUGAUCAGAUUCAGCUGCAUAUUCUAGAUUUUUCCCUAGAGCAAGGGACCUGCGUUAACGAUUACCUUUCGAUUACUGAUCAUGCGGUCGGUGCGUCAAAGGUAUUUUGUGGUGAUAAAUAUGACCCUCUGAUACUCUCCAUGAGUAAUUCUUUGACGAUCAACUUCAACAGUGAUGACACUAUUGAACGGAAGGGGUUUAAGAUGGAAGUCCUGGCACUGAAAACAACCUGUGGAGGCCAGUAUGACAUCAAUGGUAACGAAACAUUUCUCUUCACAACUCCAGCAAGCAUAGUAGGUUCAAGGUGCCACUGGCUCAUCACUUCAAAGUCAGCAAUGUCCCUUGAACUGGUCAAUUAUUUUGGGGAGAAAGCACUUCAAGACAUGCUGAAGGUUACAACAGAAAGUUUUGGUGCGAUGGAACCCUUUGAUAUCAAGAAAGUGUAUGUUUCAAAAAUAUUUUCUGUCUCGUUUGCUGAAAAUGUACUGAGAAAGGACGAGUUCCAGCCUGGAGCCCAGUUUCAGGUUUUCCCCGUCAAGAAGGUUAGACUCUGUAACACCACCAUUGAUAUGAAAGAGAAUGCAUCUUUCAUCAUCAAUUCCAGUAAAUACCCGAAUGGGUAUGAUGACAAUGCAAGAUGCCUUAUUACAUUACAACAUGACAUGGGAGAAGAAUAUAUCAUUAAACUGCAGUUCAUCAAAUUUGAUAUUGAAGAACACUCUGAGUGUGGAUUUGAUUCUUUGACGAUAAUCGAUGAAGGGCAGAAUUUCAACAGGACUUACUGUGGAACUCUGAAGGAGGAAAGUUACAGAACGAAGAGCCAGAUACUAAAACUUUAUUUUGAAAGUGACUCUAGAAAUGUGUUUGUUUAUGAAGGUUAUUCCAUCUACGCGAGAAUACAAAGAAUAAGAGAAAAUAAAUGUGUACUAAGUAAGACACAAAGGAAUGUCUGGACGCUUAAAUCUCCACCACUUCCAUAUGUUUAUCCAGGUUUCACAGUUUGUGAUAUCGACGUUAGAGAAACGUCUGUUGAAAGAUUCAAGAUAAUUUUUAAGAAAUUUAGUUUGGAGCCCAAGCUACCUUGUACUGAAGGUGACUAUUUGUCGAUUACAGAUAAAUUCAUUAAUAACACUGAAUGGUACUGUGGGAACAUGGAAGGCGAAUCAAUCAUGACGGCUGGUAACAAUAUCAAAUUUCAGUUUUCGUCUGAUUUUUAUGAUUCGGCGCGAGAAUUUGAGAUUGAAAUAAGAGGAAUGGCGUCAUCUCACUGUGGUGGAAAUACAGUCCUAGCCCCGGGAACCAACAUAAAUCUGCGUGUUUCAAAGAAUGAAGAAGAGUGUGCCUGGGUCGUCAAAGGGAAAAACAGUACACUCGUUCUUGAUUUCAAACGGGUAAGUAAUGUUCGCAUAUCUCAGACAGCCAUGUAUAAUGACCUGUUCAGCUAUAACACAAGGACAAUAAAUUUCAUUGACCCAUCAGACAAAUACAUGGUCAUAAGCAGUGAGGAGAGAGCUAUCAUUCAAGUUAAUGCUUAUGCUACAUACUCUGAGUGUGGGACUGAACUGGAAGUUAAGAAAAAGCCUGUGAUUGUUACCAAUGGAGGUACAUCCUCUUGUCUCAUUACAAUCAAGAGGUUGCAAAAUAAAAAAGAAAGAUUGGCUAUAAAGUACACCUUGCUCUCUUUACCUCAAAUCACAUGUCCUUUGAAGAUUCUGGAUAUUGAAGAGGGCGCAGCUACCAAACUAUGUUCAUCUGAUUGGAAGAAGACUUAUAUAACAACCAGUUCUGAAUUCACAAUCAAUCCUACUGUACCAUCAUCAGAAAAAGUUAAUAGCUAUAUGGUACUUAUCAGUCCGGUCAAAUUUACUUGUGGCUCCACAUUUAAUGUUGGGGAUGAUAAGAUAAUUUUGAAAUCAAAAUCACUGGAUCAUAAAACUACUUGUGUCUAUAGGUUCAAAAGUGAUGGCAACAGAAUAGCUCUUGAUAUUGCAACAUCAAGUAAAAGAGCCUUAAACACAAUAAGCGUAUCUACAGACGGAUCAUUCCAGUCAUUAAGGGAGUUAUCAAAGGAUUUAAUUACAUCAUUGGCAACCACAAAAGAAUUUCUAGUCAUCAUAGAACCCUUUCCAAGAUCUGUUAGCUUUGUAUUACAGGUAAUGAAAGACCUGCCAGUAACAGACCUGUGUACCACGUGUCUCAUUGUAGGGCUUGGCAGUCAAGGAAUAGUUGUAACUCCAACAUCCAAAAACUUGAAUACAUAUCCAGCUGGAUUAUCUUGUGAUGUUAAAUUUGAAGGUAAUGACCUUAAUCGAACAGUUGCUCUGGAAUUUAAAAACAUUGAUAUCCCAUUGAACACAUCCCUGGAUACUCUUACUAUAGUUAAAGAAGGAGUCGAAACUAUUAUCCAUCCCACAAGGAUAUCACCACUUCCCUAUACUUUGCUGAUGGAUACUCCAUUUUCUGUGAAGUUCAAAACCAGAAGUAAUAAUGAGUAUGAAGGAUACAAGAUUGGAUACAAUGUUCUUGCUUGUGGCGGUAUUGUUACACUGAAAGAUGAAUCACCAACUAUAAUAGAGUCACCCGGCUAUGGCAAUGUGUAUCCCACUUAUAUGGAGUGCAUUUGGCAAUUUGAAGCAAAUAUUACAAAUAUCAGUGACAGAAUCCAAUUGAAAAUAAAGAAAUUGAAACUUCAUGCAUCAGAUAAAUUAGAGGUCAUUGACCCCUUAUAUAGCUAUAAUCCAAUAUAUUCUUUUACAGGGUCCGUUAAUGGCACAGUGAUCACCAGUGUUGGAAAUCAGUUGAGAGUGAUAUUCAAAUCUGAUUCCAGAAAAGUGAGUGAUGGUUUCCAGUUUGAAGUGAGACCAAUUGUAUCAGGCUGUGGUGCUGAUAUUGACACAGCAGCAGUGGGAGAAGGAACUAUCUCAACACUCGAUUUUUUCCCAAACACUGAUUAUUGUCUCUUUCGUGUAAGGCCAAGUGAAGGUAAAGUAAUGUUGCUUGAACCACUUGCAAAGAGGAGGUCAGAAAGUGUGCGUCAAAUACCUGACACAAGUGAGUGUAAGGAGGGCAGCGUAAUUAUUUCUGACAAAGGUUUCUUGAACCAGGGUGAAAUGUACUGCAAUAAUGAGUUAUUGCCAGUUGUCAUGACCACACAAGAUUUGUUACUGUUGAUUAACACACCUGCACUACCACCACUAGAAUUUAGGUUUAGGGCUGGAGGAUGUGGAGGUGAAAUAAAUAAUGACAGUCCCACUGGCACCUUAUCUUCUCCAAACCACCCAGAACCAUUUCAUGGGCCAAUGACAUGCACCUGGACGUCUAGGUCAGCAAUGCUAAUUGAAGUGAAAUACAUAGAUCUUUUACCAGAAACUGACUACCUCAACUUAACAGAUGCAACUCGUAAUGUUUCAUUGACAGGAAGCACAUACCCUUAUUAUAUUCUCUUAGAUGUAUCAUCUGUGAUCACUUUCAUGGGAGGAAGUACAGAUGUGAAAACAGGAUUCACGUUAGAAUAUGAGUUUGUAGACCAUCAAGGAGUUUGGAACGUCGACGUUGCUCUGCCAGCCAUGAUAGUAGGGUGGCCAGGCACACAGCAUAAGCCAUCAGCGUGGCACAUAGUUGGACCUAGGGGAGGAAAGGGGUUGACAAUAAUGGUGUGGGCAGCUUACAUCCCCAGUGACCCAGAAUGCACCACCCACUUCUUACACGUUGGUGGUGUGAAUGAAGAAGGAGAAAGAGUUUGUGGUGGCGCUGGUUUACGAACCAUACAUGUAUACGGACGGGAAGCCAUCUUAGUACUCCAUACUACAUCUCCACUAGCAGUUUUAGCUGCCUCGGUCCACGUCAUGGGAUGAACAUAUUUCUGUACCAUAUAGUCGCCAUGUGAACCAGUAUGUACAUUUAUUGGUACAUUUUCCUCUUGUAGCUGCCCCUCUUGACAGGAGCAAUUCUACUGUAGUAGUCUGCAUUGUCUUGACUUCUUUUUGUUUAUUGAUUCGUCUGGCCAUAUAUCUGUGCAUAUGCACACAUUAAUUAAUCUGAAUAUUUACUGUGCUCCUUGCGUAGAUUCUAAAAUCAAUAACAAUCAUAAUAACCAACGACAUUUUAUUUCGUUUGUGUACAAGAAACGAAAAGGCGAAAGAAAAUUUGGUGACUAACCGAACUGUACUGACUUCCAAGUUAAUCCGAGCUCCAUUACUUUCUCAAGCCUGUCACACACGUCAUGACCUGACAGCUAAAUAGGUUUUAAUGUUCCUGGACUAGUGAUCUCGGGUGAUGUUGUGACAGAACAUGUGCUUUAGUUCGUCUCAUUUAUCCUUCAUACUCAAAAUGACAAACUAACACAGGAUGUGAAUAAUCAUGAUUGCCUUUGUCAAAUGCAUUCAUCUACCUUUAUUCCGCGUGUACCAAGAAGUGGCAUUUUAUAGUGGAAAGUAAUCUGUGUAAUGAAGGAUAAUAUAUUCAAGGGCGAAAAAAUUGUGAAAUAAAGUGUUCAUAAGGAAAAGAAGUAGACCGAAAAGCCACUACAAUAAAUUUCAUAAAGCAGUAAGAAUGGCAGAUUUUUAGACCCAUUUUUGACUCCUAGCUUGACGCUCAUCCCAGUCACAGUUGGGUAGACUGGAGCGCGGAAAACGGGGAUCGAACCUCGAACUUAGCGAAUGCAAACCCAAGCUCUAUAAUAGAUUCACGUUACUGAGGCGCAACAUGAUACCCUUUAAAAUGCCGCCAAGACUUGCCAAUUCAUUCUGACUCGUUUGAAAAGAACAGAAUGACUUAUUCUUAUUUUGAAUUAGCGAUGUUGUCUUUGGCUAAAACAAAGAUUAAUAAAUGCUAGUGUUCAUUACGUAGAUUGAAGCGGCAUCUAUCAAAACUGAAGGUGCAAUUUAUUACAAUUACAAAACGUUAAUUUUGGCUGCAAAUGUUUAAUACACAGACAGUUUUAAAAAUGACUGAAAAAUACAAUACUCAAUUCUUCUUAUUAUUGUUAUUUUGAGAAUAUUUGUUUUAUUCUCAUCAAUGUACGUUUUCCAUUCCAUACUACAUGUAAUGAUAUAUAUGUUUUAGUUUAAUUGAAUAGUUUAUAUAUCAAGGAUUAUAUGCAUUUUUAAGUAACCCAAACUUGUACUGUAUUUGUUAUUUUGAAGAAUUGAUAAGCACAAAUGUAGUGGAGUUGAAAUAAGGAAAAACCACGAUAAGUGACGUUUCACAUUUUCCCUCAAAGAAUAUCCACAUAACUUCUGAAACCUUCCCUACUGUUUAUUUUUCACUUUUGUAAAAUAUUACGUUGAAGUCGAGAGAGAGAAACAGACACUCGUGUUGUAUUUUUAAAAUAAUUUAUCAAUGAAUCAAACUGAAUAUCUAGGCAUAUUUAAAGCUUAUUGUUUGUGCUUAGUAUGUGUGACCAGCCUUAGGUUAUUGUUAUUUUUGCUAUUGUUCCUUUUUACAUAUUUUUAAUGAUGUCUUUCGUUUUUUGCUGUUGUUGAUGUUUUCAUUUUCAGAAGCUAUUCAAGUUAUAGUCUCACCGUAAAAUAGGGACAGAAUUUUCCCAUUUUAUACUUAAGAUGUGCCUUCGAGAUUUUGUUAGUCUUACAGUUAUUUAGCUACAUAUUGAAUCAUCUGCUUGUAAAUGUAAGUUGUUGUUGUUUCUUAAUUGCAAAAGCCUAUUUAUUUAUUUAAUUAUUUAUUUAAUUUAACUGAUAUCCUCUUGUUACAUCUUAUGACUUCCGUUCUUUGAUUUUUGUCUGGCUUUGUCCGUCCUUUCAGUUUCUUCUUUAUUACUUUUGUCUCGUUCUUUCAUUUCCUGUUCUUUUAUUUGAUAUCAGGACUUUCAUUCUUUUGUUUUCGCUUUUCUCAGUUUAGUCUCAGUGUUUUCAUACUAUUACAUUAAUUUAUUUUCGUUUCUCGUUGUCUUAUUGUUGUACAGUUUUCUUAUACACAUUUUGUACAGUAUUUAUUGUCGUCAAUGUCUGACGUUGGUUAGAAGGUUAU